AUGGAAGGUCAAAGUAAUAAUGUUUCUGAUUCAAGACUCAUGAAAGGUGUUCUGGACGAACAGAACAGUCAGCCCACUAUGGGUAACAGUGAAUCUUCGUUGCAACAACUUUUUCACAAAGUACUUACUCCCAGCGAUGUUGGAAAUAAAACAUUUGUGAUCCCUAGGAGAUAUGCUCUAAAGUACUUUUCUCAUAUCCAGCAUAACGAGGAGGUUGAUUUUUAUGAUAGCUCAACACAAUCAUGGAGGUUUAAACUUUUUUACUGCCAAAGUAGUAAAAAAUUCACCUUUACAAGGGGUUGGCACAAGUUUGUGCAAGCUAAAAACUUGAAAGCCGGAGAUACAAUUAUUUUUAACUUGUGUGAAAUCAAGAAUGGAACACAUGAGAAUUCCAAUACCUUUGUGAUUGACGUGGUGAAGAACGAUGAAGGUUUGUCAAUGGAUUUAGCACUCAAUCAUAAUGAUGUUGCUGUUGAUGUUGAUGCUGCUCCGAACGAUGAAGGUUUGCCAAUGGAUUUAGCACUCAAUCAUAAUGAUGUUGCUGUUGAUGUUGAUGCUGCUCCGACACCUGUUUUGCUUUUUGGAAAGCAAAUAGGUUGGACUAAAUCAAAAAGGGGAAAUGAAGUUUAA